AUGCCAAAGCUCGUCAACCCUCUAGCCAAGCGCAAAUCGGCGGCGUCUCCAUUCUCAAAUGCUCCUCGGAAGAAGCCUGGCUCACGGCAGAAUAGCCUGGCCGAGAAGGAAGAGGCGGAACGAUUGGACGAUAUCGCUUCCAUCCCUUCGCUCGCCAACUCCGAAACGCCUCGAAAUGUAGGUGGACUCAUACGGUAUAUUCAGGACAAUGCGUUUGAAGAUAUACCAGAAAGAGCGGCUGGGAUGAACAGCGAGCAGAUUUCAGGGACCCUCCGCUUCAGAGCAAGAUUGCCCCCCGUGGUCAGCGUCGCACAUCUGCACGCCCUCAGUGCUUCAAGCACCGAUACAGAGCGCGAGCUUUCUCGUCUCACAGCCAUGGGAAAGGUACGAAAGGUCAGCGUGCCGGGGAGAGGAAAAGGUGGAUCAUCUGUCGGAGAGGUAGUGGUUUUGACCGAUGAUUGGAAGCGUCGUGCGCGCGAGGGCGGCGUGGAGGAAGAAGUGGCCAACAAGUAUACCGCUCUGAUGAAUCAGUAUCCAGGUACAGCCACAGUAUCAAUCUCCUCACUUUCGGAUUCAGAAGUCCGAACGCUAGUAGCUGCCGGCUUCUUCACCAAUCCAACAGCCCUAUCAUCCAGUGUUGGCGACCUCUUUGCUCGCCCGACUGGUGUUGGGAGUGGCGACAUAUCCAAAGCUGGCUACUCAGCAGCGACCGGAACUCUGGCAGCAGUGGGCGGGUACGGGGCUAUUCAGCACAGCGGUGGCGGGGGCAGUAUGCUAGCGACGAAAGACACACGCCCCUCGAACCUCAAACGACAGCCCGAGAUGACAUUCAGCCUGCCGAACAUGGGUCCAUACUUGAAACUCCUGACGGAAGCCAGGCUCCAUCUCCUGGGUCUAUUGAAGCAGCUCUCGCCUCGGUACAAGGAGGCAACCAAGGCGGUUUUGCAGGAGAAAUGGAAUGGAAACGUACCAACCGACAGUAUCAGCCAACAGAAGCGAGCGCGCGGCGAAUGGAGCGGUGUUCUGUCUGGCAAGACGAAACGAUGGCGAGACUUUCACGGACUUACUUUCGAGUGGGUGCUCGCGGAAUGUGUUGGCAGCGGCUUGGUUGAGCUUUUUGAUACAGGCAGCGUGGGCAUCGGCGUGCGUGCUACGUAG